AUGCAGAAUAGUGUGCCCGACACCCGGUCUACAUCUUCCGAUGCGCCGAAUACGUCCAGGGAUCCUCGUAUUAGGGAACAAAGAAUCUGUACCGUCCGACUCGAGUACCCCACAAAGUGCUCAGUCCAACUUACAGAAGUCUCACCUCCCCGAAGUGGGGCGAGUCAACUUCAGACAGCACUACGUACUUUUGUCUCAAGCGCUAUAGACAACGGCAUCGCAAAACGGAAACGAGACUACCUAAAAGCAGAAGCCCAGGCCGCGCGAGCCAAAUACGAACACUUCCAGCGGUCGUUUACGCAAUUUCCGAUCGUCGUCGAACAAGCCUUGGAGGAACAAAAAAAGGUUGACUCAGAUUACGAAUACAUCCAGCAAGAGACACGUAGGUGCUCCGAAGGCGAGAAUGCUACUUCGUCGGAUCUAGUACGACGGCUCUUUGAUAUCAUCGUCAAAGAGGAUGAGCAGUCUAGACUUCGGGCCUCACAAGUCGACGAGCUCCGUAAAGAGUUUGAAACUUUGCGUACACAAACCACCACAAAGCUCCACUCAGAGAAAGCAGCUAAAGAUAUUACGGAUCUAACUGCCGAGAACGAGGCAUUGCGAAAAAACGUCCAUACCUUACAGGACAGUAUGUCGGCUAUAAUACGAGAUAACGACGCACUUCAAAAGAGCCUCCAUACCUUACAAGACCGGACGAAAACGAUCGAGGAUAAUAUCCGAGACUCGUUUGCUAUCCAGCGGCAAGAGUCCGAGGCUUCGGCCAAGAUGGACGAUAGUCUUCGCACGGGCGUGGCUGAGAUCAAAGAGCAGGUAGAUAAACUGUCAGCCAGGCUCAAGCCUCUUGAGCAGGGUGCGGUUGAUCUUGAAAGCAUGAGGAAGAGCACCAACCUGAGGGUGAAGAGUUUACAGACCCGAGUAGAGGAUGCGGAAAGCCAGUUGAACUUGCUGCAAAAAGAUGCCAGUUGCUAUCGAACUGAUACGGCCGUUUUACGUGGCCAAUUUAGCGACCUCGAGGCUAGGUUGGCCGGCUACGAGAGCAGCAUAGAGACUCUUAGGAGUGAAAGUGUUGCUCUCAAGGAUAGGAUUUCGGCCCUCCAGCAGACAGGCACAGGCGCCGCGGACCGAACCCAGCGUUUACAGCAAUCCUUGGAAAGCCACAUACGCGAGUGGAAUUCGCUACGGGAUGAGAUUUCUACCCUAAAGCUGAAAAUGGCCGCCACCCCGGCGCAGGGCACAGGUAAGGAUCUUGGCGCUCAGAUUCGGGAUCUUCAUGAGCGGUUAGAUAAGCACACCUCCGAAACGGCGCGCGCUAACAGGGCCCGUGAUGUAUUGCUUGUGGAGGAGAUUGAAAGGAUCAACCACGAGUUAAGCGACAAGAUCGAGAGCAUCCAGAACGAACUAUCGGAGGUGGAAAAUCACACUCGGCCGGCUGUGACUUCACUAUCCAGUGAACAAAGCCAGGUGCUCGAGAGUGUAGCCGGUCUUAUACCCAAGCUCCAGGAUUCUGAGUCUGAGCUGGCUAAGCUGCAAAAGGGACUUGAAAAGCAAACUCACAUAAUUCAGUGGCAGACUCACCGGUUCGACAACCUGACCAGUGAGACCCUUGCACGACAAAUGGUGGGCGUUCUGUGUCCAAUACUGCCUAGAUUCGAAGAGGGGCUUGUCAAAGUCGAAGGGGAUAUUGCCCGGUUAUGGAGGAGGCUUGAAGAACCUGCACCGAAGGCACAAGACCCUCCCAGUGAUCACGAGCAGCGACUUCUGGCGCUGAAGCAAGACCUAUCGUGUGCGAAGACUGAGGUCAAGUCAGAGUAUGAGUCUCUAGCCCGUGAAUUCAGAACAGUGCGUGACACCGUCAUGGCCGAACUAAAGCGACUUGAAGAUUCGCAUACUCGGUUCGAUCAACAGCAAGCGACAUGCCGGGCAUCUAAUGACAAGCAGAUGAGCGAUGUCGAGGCCCAGGUCGCCGCCUUGCGCCGUGCGUUGUCCGGAAAUGACCGCUUUCCGGCCUCCUCGCCAGACACAGGAGCAUGUUCGCCAUCCAGCCAGGAUAUUGGAGCUCAUGCGGCAGCGGCUGGACAUAAUGCCUCCAACUUGGAACGAUCGACCCAGCACAAGGCCGGGGCGGUCCAUAAGCCCAACGGUAUUAUGAAGGUCGCGAUAGAGCCUGAAGAACUGGAUGCGGAAGAUAUUGGAGAGCAAGCAUCUGUUCUGCUUGAGAGCUUUCUAAAAAAGCCUGGACAGGCCACGGGCCAGAGGCCUCCUAUACAGACAGACACUCUUCUGGUAGGUGCUGGAACGCAGCCUCGUACUAAAAGAAGACGCGUCGACAGCCCCGAACUUGAACGACAGUCUACUACGGGCACUACUAUGCCUAAUGACAUGGUGCUCGCGCAGCCGCAGAAGGUUCAAGGGUUGGCGAAACGCAAGAACAAAACGCACAAAACAUGA